AUGGGCUUCUCUGCACGCGAGCUGCACAAAGCAGAUAUCCGGAUUCUGGAGCUUUUCAGCGGUGAGGAGCUGAAGGCCGCCGGCUUCUCUGCGCGCGAGUUGCGCGAGAUUGGUACUACAGUGCUGGCCCUGAUGGAGCUCGGCUUCCAGGUGGACGAGCUUCGAGAGGCAGGAUGCGAUUCGAGGAGCUUGCAGGCGGCACGCAACUACAGGAAUGGCACCUCCAUCGCUGAGCUCUCCCUCCAAGGCUUUGAAGCCACAGACUUGAAACGGGCGGGAUUCCGAGCUUGUCAACUCUUCCCAGAGUGUUGGGGUCCAACCGCGUGGUUCAAGUACCAGCUGCUCUGA